CUGCCUCAUUGUUCUAUCUGUGUUUCUUCCUCUCUGUCGACUUCGGCAGUUUUGUUCGCUGCGUAGCUACGAAGGGGUUCGAUUUAGCUUCAAAUCUCGAUCUGCACCUCCGCUUUGAUGGCAUUUUUUCUUUCCUAUAGUGCCCCCGCCACUCUUUGAAAAUUCCACCUAAAAGGAAAAAACGAUCCACCCCAAAUAUUGGGUUUUAUUCUCACGUGUACAAUUACUACCCAGAGGGCUUAGGGGCGGCUCUCCGCCGAGAGCCGUUCGACUUCAACGCCGAGCCACCUUGGGAUCCUAGCUGAUAGUGGGGGAGCUCCAUCUCCUAACUCGUCCAUUUUGCUGCAUACUAUCAAGGACCCCAGGGGCUCAGAGAGAGACCACUUCACCCAGCGGCUCAGAGAGAGACCACUUCACCCAGCGGCUCAGAGAGAGACCACUUCACACAGAGGAUCAGAGAGAGACCACUUCACCCAGGCAUAAUUCUUUAUGACUGGCAGAUAAGCAGACAGCAGUUGAGAUGAAGGGACUAGCUGACGAACCAAACUACUCCGUCGCCCUGCUGGAGGGAGCCACGGCCCUCAGCGACGUGGUUGAGAAUCACAUUUAUGAACAAACACUGGCUGAGAAGAAUGCGUUCUUCGUGGCAGACUUGGGGGUCCUUAUGAGGCAACAUGUUCGCUGGCGAACCCACAUGCCCCAGCUGCGUCCCUUCUACGCUGUCCAAGCCAACAGCAGCUUGGCUGUCAUUGAGAUCCUAGCUGCUCUGGGCACUGGCUUCAUUUGCACCAACAAGUAUGAGUUGGAGCUUGUGCAGGGCUAUGGCGUUCCCUCUGAAGACAUUAUCUACAGCGGUGUGUGUAAGCAGCUCUCCCAGAUCAAGUAUGCCGCUAAGAACGGCAUCGACUUCCUGGUGUGUGACAACGAGGCCGAGCUACGCAAGAUCGCUCGCUGCCAUCCCUGUGCCAAACUGCUGCUGCAGGUGGCCACAGAGGCUUCCAGCGAGGGUGAUGAAAUGGGCAUGGCGUUUGGCUCCAAGCUGAAGGACUGCAGACACCUGCUGGAGAGUGCCAAAGAGCAGGGCCUGCAGGUGGUGGGGGUCAGGUUCCACAUUCCCAGCUCCUGUGACGACCCUCAGGCAUACAGCCAUGCAGUGUCUGACGCUCGCUGUGUCUUUGACAUGGGGGAGGAUAUUGGCUUCAGUAUGACAAUCCUGGAUAUUGGAGGUGGAUUCAACAUGGGAUAG